AUGUUGCUUUGGGAACUCACGUAUGAAAAGGAUCCAUAUGAGGGUAUUGAUAGCUUUGAAGAAAUUAAAGAACUUGUUACAAACGGUUUUAGAGAAAAAAUCAAAUUUGCACCUACACAUGAUCCGGAAAUAAAAGAAAUUCAACAAAAAUUUGAAUAUAUUAUGAAAUCAACUUGGCAUGAUAAUCCUAAACACCGACUGGGUGUGGGUGAAUUAUAUGUGCUUCUAGAAAACUUGGCUGAAAAAUAUGUUAAACCUGGUGACUUGCCCAAAAUAUGCAAUAAUAACGAAAUAGAUUUUGAUGGUUCUAAAUUUUAUGGUGACGAUGGAGUAGACAUGGAUUUCAUCAACCAGACAAUGUCUAAAUUGAAAUUUAAUUUUUGUGAAGUUAAGAUAAAAGAGCCUACGCCUCUUAAUGAAGGAAUCAAAAUUCAUCAAUCAAUAAAUAAAAAGGGACCUGAGGAAGAAAUAAUGAAGAUGAGAAAACAGGCUUGGGAAU